AUGGAACUCUUGGCCGAGCUCAGGGCUACAGAUUCGACCCCCGCGAUGCAGUCUAUGUUGGACGUCAACCCGAGUCCCCUGGAGGAGGAAAUAGAUGUUGCUCCACCGUCCCCCGUGGCAGAUUGCGGCUCGGCCGAGUGCAGGCGGCUCGGGUACGAGCGGGAGCUGGAAGGAGUAAAGGCAGAGAGGGACGAGUUCUGCGCCGAGGUCCGACUUCUCCGCACAAAGCUGCAAAAGCAGCUGCGCAGCAUGAAGAGUGGUCGCACCACUGCAGUUGAGAGCCAGGAGGACGAACGCGUGACGGAGGGAGGCCGGUCCUCGGCCGCGUCGGAGGAGGCGGGCCGGUCCUCGGCCGCGUCGGAGAAGGCGGGCCGGUCCUCGGCCGCGUCGGAGAAGGCGGGCCCGUCCUCGGCCGCGUCGGAGGAGGAGGCGGGCUCGUCCUCCUUCAGCCCGUGGAGUUCCGGCAGCGGCAGGGGGAACCUCAUGAGGCAAAUAAGCCUCCCACCGUCGAUGGAGGACUACCUUAGGACGUACAGGGCCCACCACGAGGGCCUAGACCCGACCCCCAAAAUGACCGAAAAUGCCAUAUCCAAGGUCAGCAGGGUGAAAACUUUCAUCUUGUAUAUGGCCAACAACCGCAGCCGGUUGUCCGACUGGCUUUUUCUGGAUAACAUGUCCAGGAUCCGCGGCUGGUCCCGAAGUGUGGUGGAGGGCGGGAUGAAAAUUACCACAGCAAAAUUCUAUUUGCAGAACGCCCUGCACUUCGUUCGAUUUAUGACCGGGAUCCCGCCCAAGACCUGCCGCCUCACUCGGGUGCAGUUCACCUCCGUGGAGAGGGAAUUGAAGACGGGGGUGAGGUCGCUGCAGCGGAGGGUGGUUGUCCACCAGAUGUCAACAAAAAGGAUCAAAAUUAGCAAGCUGCCGUCCCGCCAGGCCCUGAGGGGUUGACUCUCCGCUGCUGCUGCCGCCAUCCCACAGCUGCUGGGCAAACUCGAGGUGGAAUUUGAAAACACCAGCCGUUUCCUCUACUACGGCUACCAGUGUGCCUACUGGAGCUGCCUGUUCGGGCACAGGCCGGGGGUCUAUGCUAAUAUGACAGACAACGAGGUGGAGGAGGCAAAGACCCUCGGCCAGGGGCUACCUGCUCCACAUUAAAGAACACAAGACGAACAGGACAUUUGGGGAGGCCCAAAUGUUCCUGAACCCCACAGAGUUCACCUGGCUAGAGAGAUGGAUGGCAAUAAAACGAAGCCUCCCCGAUGCCAACAAAUUUGUACUAUAUACAAAGGGCAAGGGGCCAUCCAAAAACUUAAAUACCAACUUGCAGUCGGCCUGGAAGGACAUGGGGUUAGGGGGGGUGAUUAAUUUCACCCUCAUAAGGACGGCCGUGGCAACUUAUGCAAAAAAGUCCCAAGAUCCCAAAAGCCGGAAAAAGGUCGCGGACUUCAUGUGUCACGACACCAGGACGGCGGAUAAGUUUUACGUGGCCAACCCUGACCACUGUGAGGCAGAGGAGGUCAGGGCCCUGGUCAGAGAGAGCCUCCUCGUGGGAGAGGGAGGAGAGAACGAGAUGCAGCAGCAGCAGCAGCAGCAGAAGCAGCAGGAGUCGGAGGAGGAGGAGGAGAUGGGAGUCGGCGGCGGUGGCGAGGGCGGCAGUGGCAGCAGCAGCAGCGGCGGCAGCGGCGGCGAAGAGGACGAGGCGGCCCCCUCAUCUUCGACAGCAAACCCACCGCCACAGGAGGUCGAGGAGGAGGGGACGCCCCGGAAAAAAAAGAUGAAAAGAGACUGCUCAGUCGUUAUCAGUCCCUUCAAGUCAAUUCCAGAAAAGAAGAUAAUCAAGGAGCAGAGUAUGCAAAGGAUGAGAGUGAGGAGGCUCCGAUUCCCCCCCCAAAAAAUCAUAUAAUUCUUUCAUAUUAUGUGUUAAAUGUCUUAUUGUGUUGUUUUAUAGCUUUUAUUGUGUGGUGUUUUGAUUGUUUUAACGUGUGUGCUCUUUUUAGCUCUUAGAGAUUGAUUUGUGUGGUGUUUUGAUUGUUUUAACGUGUGUGCUCUUUUUAGCUCUUAGAGAUUGAUUUGUGUGGUGUUUUGAUUGUUUUAAAGUGUGUGUGCUCUUUUUAGCUCUUAGAGAUUGAUUUGUGGUGUUUUGAUUGUUUUAAAGUGUGUGUGCUCUUUUUAGCUCUUAGAGAUUGAUUUGUGUGGUGUUUUGAUUGUUUUAAAGUGUGUGUGCUCUUUUUUAGCUCUUAGAGAUUGAUUU